AUGGAUCAACGACAUCGAUGGAUGGUACAUGGCAAGCUUGAAAAGAAAGCUCUGCUCGUUGCCAUCAACUCCCUUGCCGGAUUGUCUAUCUUCUUCUUCGGCUACGACCAGGGGAUGAUGGGAGGCGUCAACGAAUCUCGAGACUACAUUGACCUCAUGGGCCUCGGCCAUGUCACCGACGAAGGCAACCCGGUAAUCACCGACACUCUCCUCCAAGGCGGCAUCAUGUGCGUCUACUACCUUGGAACCCUUCUGGGCUGCCUCAUGGGGGGCUCCUUGGGAGAUGGCUACGGGCGGAUCAAGGCGAUCGGGGCCGGUGCCCUAUGGGGUAUCCUCGUUCACACUGAACAUAUCGGUGUGGUCGUCGCCUACUGGCUCGGCUACGCUGUGCGGUUCAUCGACAACGGGAACUCACCGGUCCGAUGGCGCUUUCCUAUUGCAUUCCAGAUCAUUCCCCUCCUGUUCCUACUUGUCGGGUGUUGGCUGUUUCCAGAGUCUCCCAGAUGGUUGGCUAGAGUCGGGCGAGACGAUGAGGCACUGUAUAUUCUGCAGCGCCUUCGAGAAACGACUGGACCCGACGCUGGACUGGCCGAGGCCGAACUUGCUAAUAUCAAAGGGGUGGUACAGCUAGAGAAGAAGACAGACGGGACUUCGUACAUCGCGAUGCUUUUCGGCCUCAGGUCCGGCAAGCUGCACACGGCCCGACGAGUCCAAUUGGUUAUUUGGCUCCAGAUUAUGCAGUGCUGGACCGGAAUAGCUGGCGUCACCAUGUAUGGUCCGACCAUCUUCAGCAUCGCCGGAUUCAACUCUGACAAGUCCCAAUGGGUCUCUGGGCUGAACAACAUCACCUACACCUUCGCGACACUUGUCUGCGCUUUCACGAUCGAUCGAAUCGGCCGCCGCUGGACUUUAUACUGGGGAUCGGUCGGGCAAGGGAUCGCCAUGUUCUUGGUCGGUGGCCUCUCGCGAGCUGGCCUUGACGCAAGAGCUCAGGGCAACAUCGACACAGCAAACCAAUGGGGCGCUACUGCGGCGUCCUUUGUAUUUGUGUAUACCUUCAUCUUCGGUGCCACUUGGCUCACAGUACCGUGGCUAUACCCAGCAGAGAUUUUCCCUCUGCAGGUACGGGCCAAGGGAAACAGCUUUGGAGUCGUUGGCUGGAGCAUUGGCAAUGGCACACUGACUCUAGUUCUGCCGUACAUUGUCAGUGCCAUAAGCGAGAAGAUGAUGUACAUUUUUGGAGCAGUCAAUAUCAUCAGCAUUCCUAUUGCGCACACUGGAAGAGAUGGACUUGCUCUUCGCGCGGCAGAUACUCCUUGGGCUUGGGACGCAGAAAAGACGUUUGCAAUGCUGAAAGAGCAGAACCCUGGCCUUGGUGGUGCUGCAAGACAUGAUGGUCGUGAAUAUUUGGAGGCCAAGGUAGCGGAUGCAGCGAUGACCCACCAUGAGUAG